AUGGGCAUUUAUGCUGUUUGUGCCAGUGUGGAAUCACAGAUAUACUCCCAAUGCAAUAUAUAUGAAGCAGGACAAAAGAAGGUGGCAUUUAAAUAUCUCACAGAGAAGGCAACUGACAAGGAGGAGGCAGCAACUGGCUGCAUAAACUCUGAAGGGGAUUUAUUCAUAAGUGCAACUCAAGCGGGGCUAAUGACCAAGGAUACUGCACACAAAAUGUUUCAUCCUAGCGAACGCUACCCUAUAUGGACAGUGGAACUGCCCACGGAUGAUCUUAAGCAAGUUCUCCAGCAUUGCACAGGAUGGCAGUCUGUUCCACGACCUGCAGAUCAGAAGGCGGUAGCGUAGUAUCUUGAUAACUACAUAUAUAA